AUGGCCACCAGCUAUGCCGUAAGGACUAAGAAUCCUUUGAACCUCAAGAAUAGCCAUGAGCGGAGCGACGACUUCCCCUUCUCUGUGCGGACUACCAGUCUUGAUGGAUGGCGCUUAACCGUGGAGAAUGGCCAUGAACGUUUGAGAUGGGAAUAUCUCAAGACGGGGAAGGAACGAACAGCCCAGCCACAGGAUCCAGCGUCGCGAUUCUACCUCAAUCUCCCAACGUCUAUCCCAGGUUGCGCACGCGCCAAAACGCCCUCGGCCGCCGUGCUGAAUGGUGCCCUGUAUCACAGCCAGGUUCAAGUGAAAGAGCUCGGCUGUUGGGCAGCCGACCUGAGCUGUAUCUUCUUCGUAACGCCUAUGCUUAUUAUUGCCUGGUAUAUCACACAAGCAGUCAUCGAUGAAGCAUACGCUGUUGAGCUCGUGAACUUUAUAUUGGGAGUUCAGAAUGCGGACGGUGGCUGGCCCACAUAUAGCGGCGAAAGCACUACGCUUAUGGGGACGAUUCUUACCUAUGUCGCAUUAAGAUUGAUGGGACUGCCGGCGGAUGAAGAUCACUUGGUCAAGGCGCGCCUCUAUCUUCUCAAGAUGGGUGGCGCCGUUUAUCUCUCUGGCUGGGCCAAGUUCUGGCUGGCUAUGUUGGGCUUGUAUAAAUGGGAAGGCACUGACCCCUAUCCUGUUGAGAUGUGGCUACUUCCUGAAUGGUUUCCAAUCAGUCCCUGGAAAUGGUACAUCAUUCCGCGACAGGUUUAUCUGGCGAUGAGCUACUUGUCCGCGAAACGAUUCACUAUGCCCACCAACCCACUACUUGACGAGAUCCGGAAGGAGAUCUUUGUGCAGCCAUAUGAGAGGAUAGACUUCCUCGCCUAUCGCGGUGUCAGCCUGCAGUGCUCUCGGGAGCUACGCAAGCCCUGGCCGCUAAUAUUGCUGAAUUGGAUCCUACAGAAUAUCUGGAUCCCCUGGCUCCGGCCGAUAUGGCUCGCGGAGGAAGGGCAGCGCAGAGUGUGGGACAUCAUCAAAGACUCGAAUGAUUUGACUAACUCCACGGGCAGUGUCAGCGUCGACGCAUUCCUCAAUAUGAUCGCAUUCUAUUGCAAAGAAGGACCCGACUCAAAAGCUCUUCGCCGCAUCCAAACUGCUAGCCUUGAGUACCUUUGGAUGGGACCGCGAGGAAUGCAGGUAAUGAGUAUCCACGCCGGGCAUACUUGGGAGACAGCCUUUGUGCUGCAAGCCUAUGCCGAAGGCGGAUUGAGCAAGGUACCUGAAAUCCAAGCAGCCAUAGAGCGUGCAUACAAGUAUCUGGUCGAGCAGCAGCAUGUGGUUGACUACCCUGAAGACUCGCAAUGCCACUUCUUCUCCCGCCUUGGUGGCUGGCCGUUCUCUACUCGGUACCAAGGCAAUGUCUGCUCCGAUUGCACUGGCGAAGCGCUCAAAUCUAUCUUGAUGAUAGAGAGGGAUUCCCGUUUCACCCGGCUUACGACAGAACACCAACUUCAGCUUGCUGUGGACAACCUCAUUAUGGUCCAGAACGCAAGUGGCGGCUAUAGCAGCUUCGAGCCAACUCGAGGAAGCGAGCUACUAGAAUAUAUGAACGGUACGGAGCUGUUUGGUAAAAUGAUGGUUGAAUAUGACUUCACGGAAUGUACCUCGUCCUGUAUUACGGCACUGGCCCUUUAUCACCAGCGCAACCCCAACUAUCGAACCAAGGCGGUCUGUACUGCCAUUGACCGAGGCAUCAAAUACAUAUUGAAGCAGCAGCGGGCAGAUGGGAGCUGGUUGUCAUCAUGGGGUAUAGCGUGCACAUAUGGAGCCUUUUUUGCGUUGGAGGCUCUGGCAAUUGGGGGCCUGAAUUAUCAGAACAGCCCUGCCGCUAGAAGGGGCUGUGACUUCAUUGUCAAGCAGCAACUAGCUGACGGAGGAUGGGGUGAGACAAUAGAUGCUCAGUACCCAGGCCAAGAGCCCAUUCGCAGGGGCGUCCAGCUCUUGAUUAGUCGACAACGAGAGAACGGCGAGUGGAGGCAAGAGCGCGCAGUGGGAAGUGGAAUAGUUACUUGUGAGCUUCUGUACCACAGCUACAUUUACUCAUUUCCCAUCCGCGCACUUGCGAUGUACAAGGCGAAGUAUGGCGACGAUGCAGUCAUAGAUUAG